AUGGGAAUCAAAAAUCGCUUUGUUCAGUUUCUGGCCCUCGGGCUUGCAGCCACCGCUGCCUUUGCUCAGAGCAACAACCACAAGUCUCCCAGCCGUACCUCUUUCACUCAUCCGGGGGUAUUACUCGACUCCGCCCAGAUGAAGUUCAUUGCGACAAAAGUCUCCAAUGGUGAGAAGCCAUGGGCUCCUGCAUACUCGGCUAUGAUGAAGGACCACCAGUUUGCGUCGCGCACUAAGCCCUCCCCGGUUGCUACCGUCGAAUGCGGCCCAACCUCCACGCCUGAUGUCGGCUGCCACCAAGAACGAGAGGAUGCCCUCGCAGCCUACCUGAAUGCCCUUGCCUGGGUAGUCACUGGUACUAAGUCAUACGCUGAACGCGCUAUCGAGUUCAUGAAUGGCUGGGCAGGUACCAUUAAGGCGCAUACGAACUCCAAUGCCCCGCUGCAGACGGCUUGGUCGGCGGCUACCUGGGCCCGGGUCGGAGAGAUCAUCCGCUAUACAAAUGCCGGGUGGAAAGACCAGGAUAUCGAGAAAUUUGAAACCAUGUUGCGCGAUGUCUAUCUACCCGAGAUAAUCGAUGGUGCACCUAGAAAGAACGGAAACUGGGAGCUUGUCAUGAUGGAAGCGGCCAUUGGGAUUUCCGUCUUCACUGAUAACCAAACAAGUUACGACCUCGCAAUGGACAAGUUUCUCAAGCGGGUUCCUGCCUAUAUCUACCUCACCAAGGACGGGGAGCUCCCCAAAACUGUCUCAGAGGACAAACUCCAUGGAUCCUCUGCCAUAAUCAAAUUUUGGAACGGUCUCUCUGUCUUCAAGCAAAAUGGCCUCUCGCAGGAGACCUGCCGUGACUUUGCCCACACUGGAUAUGGGAUCUCCUCUAUCUCCCAUGUCGCCGAGACAUCCCGAAUUCAAGGGCGUGAUCUGUUCAAGGAAGAAACCGGGGUGCGACUUCAGCAUGCACUAGAAUUCCACACCAAGUAUGAGUUGGAGGGAUCCUUGCCGGACGAUAUCUGCGAUGGCAAGAUCGGACGGACCUUGGAUGAUGUGACCGAGGUGGGCUUCAAUGCCCUUUCUUUUCGGCUAAAUCACUCGCUACCCAACACGGAGAAAUAUACAUUGAAGCAUCGACCAGCUGGAACGAAUCAGCUUUUCCAAGGAUGGGAGACUCUCACCCAUGCAGAGAAUAAUGCUUAA